AUGCAUAGCUUCGGUCCCGGACCGAAACCAACAGUCGAAAGAUCACCAGAAUCUUCAAGAACACCUGCCUAUGAGGUCUUCCCUUUCGGCUCGCGCGAUCCUCCCUGUGCCCAGCCGCAACAUCAGGUGGACUUUUGGCGGCUUCUGCACCGCUUGAAUGACAUUGAAUCUGGGGAGGAGAGGUGGGAGUCAAGGAGAAAAUCAGGCGACGGGCUCUUGAAGUACUGGGAGACGAGAGAGUACUUGGAUACACAACCCCUUCUACCACUGUGGGAAUUCAGGCCGAAGUGGGCUCUCGAGGAUGAGAUUAUCUGCGAGAUGCUCGGCUGGCCGCCUCACGAUGAAGCUCGCAGGGAAGAAUGGUGCGCUAGGCGCCGAAGGGAGUGGCAAGACCAUGUCAUGACACCGCAGUCUGUCAGUUCCUUCACCGAGAACGGAAGUACCGGCUGGAUAACACCCCCGGAUAUGAAACCCGAGUUCUUGCACGCACUCAAGCCUGUUAGGAUUUCCGACCUCGUUUGUCACGCUAAUCCGGGCACAACAUCGCUCCCCUUGUCACCUUCUCCACCUACGGCCGAGACAGUUUCAUCCUCCCACCUAAGGCCUUCUUACCGCGAAUAUGGUUAUUCACCUGAGUAUUAG